GAAGAAAUAAGUAAGUGACGAAUUUAUAGGUUAGAAGUGUAGAUGAUAUGCACCCAAAAUUUAUAAUUAUUUUGUAUCCAAUGAUAAUAUAAAACAUAAAAAUGCUCUACAACGAUUUUAAACCUAUUGUGGAUUUGAUCUUAAACAAUUGGACAGCCUUACAACUUGCUGUUGAACAAGGCAUGGGUGCUCCAGGCGGUGAAAAGACAGCUCAGCUGAUGUCUGUAUACAUAGCAAGAUACUGUGUUGAAAAUAUAGUAGAUGUAUCAGAAUUAACUGAAGUGAUAGAGGACCUAAUGGAUGAGGAGUUUGAUACUGUCUGCCAUGAUAAUUCACCUAAAGAAAUAGCUUCAUUACUAUUAAUGUUUUUAAGUUUACUGAAGGAAGGUCGUCAUGAUGAAUUGAGAACAAGACUUGAUGCAAUGCCAAAAUGUCAAAAAUGGCUUAGCCAACCAAUACACGAGGCAGUGCCGCCCCAGUGUCAUGGAAAUCCUGAUGAUGAUACCACAAGCAGCAGUGGAGAAGAAGAUGGGCCUGAAGAUGGACCAGUCACAAGUGCUGCAACAUCAUCUGGCAAUAAUUGUGAGCACGAACCAAUGGAUGAGGAUGUAGAACCAGGCUGGACCGUUGUUAAAACGAGAAGGAAAAAGUAAUAUUACUGUCGGAAACCCUUUAAGGUUCUAUAACUGUUUAUAAAUGAUGUUGAACGUCGAUCUUACUAGUCAUAGUUUGAUGUUGAAUCAUAUUGUAUUUACUGG